AUGGAAAGAGAAAGGCUGAGACAGACUAAAGAGGGCAGUUCGAUUAGGAUCCAUCACAUGUCAGAGUGGAUAGAUGGAUGGGGUGGCUCCAUAGGGGCGAGACUGGAGCGUGCUGGAGGCGAUCAGCAAAUCAAGCGCAUGGAGACCAUAGCAAUAACGGGGACGCGAGAGAGCGUGGGACGGAACACAAGAUUAUUUAAUCAUAAAUGGAUGGAUGGACGAGAGGAAGAAGUGGACAGCCUCCGGGCGUUCCGGAAGAAGCUUCCUGUAGUCAGUCGCGACGAUUAUUUUCCAGCUUUCAAGCAAUGGAGCAGGAAGGCUGUUAAGUCAGUGGCUGAUCACCAGGAGGAUUUGCUGUUCCGGAGCGGAGCUGAGGGGAGAUUCAACAAGAGAUUGGGUGGAGAGGCAUCGGAGGCCAUCCGUGAAGAGCCACACGGUCCAUGGCCGAAAGCAACAGAGCAAAUGAGAGAGAAGCAAGAUGAUUUGAGGGGGAAUCAAGAUGAAGAUGAAGAUGGAGCACCUCAGGCGCCAAUCAGCUGA